AUGAGUGACGCCACUUUCCACCCAUUUCCAAGACUGCCUUUCGAAAUCCGGCAACAGAUCUGGGAAGAUGCAUGUUUUGAUUGGCGCGGUGACUGUCUCGGUCUGCGUUAUAUCAAGUUGAAUGAGAAACGACAACUUGCCCCCUUGAACUUCGAUUGGAAAACCACUAGUCCUCGAAACAGAUCUGCAUAUCUGUGGCACGCGGGUCUCUGGAUGACCUGUAAAGAGUCUCGAGAUAUUGCUGCGAAGCAUUGGCGUAAGCAGGGUUGGCCAAAUGUCCAAGAAAACACCAAAGACAAAGAUCUUGGAGAUGCUAUCUGGUCUAUGACGGAAAGCUAUCUACCUAGAGCAGGAGUGAUACAUAGAAAAGGCGACUACGAACCCUGGCAUCAAGUAGUUGAUCCAUGGCAAGAUAUAUUCUGCAUCACACCUGAUUCAUGGGAACUACUAGUCAGAGACUGGAAACCUAUUCAAAUCGCAGUUGCGGAUGAACGGAGUCGCAACUGCACAGAACGCCUACUUAAUAUUGCUGUUGAGUUUGACCCCUCGUGGACCCUUGUGCUUGCCAAGCUCAGUCCAGAUCAUAGCAUCACGGACUAUCUCCCACCUCUGGCUUUUUUGAUCAGAAUUCUUUUGGACCUUGCCGAUAGAAGGAACGCCCUUGGUAUUGGUAUAGUCGGAUUGAUCGAAAGGAACGUUGCACGGGGUGCCGGCAUUCCUGCUCAACUUUCUGAGCGGAUUUUUCUCGAUUGCGAUCACGAAUAUGGACAUGUUUCGUACCUAAUGCCUACAUGUAACCACCCUAUUUCUGACUUUCUACACCAACUCGACAGGGUGUUAGGCAAGAAGUUGACCAAAAUUCGAUACGGCCGAGAUCCCUGGAUUAAGUACCGUCACCUCUCUCCUAAAGACCUAAUGCGCAUUGUUGUGAGGCGGGACAAUCAAGGCUUUUGA